AUGUUCGGUUCAUGUAAAAGAUGGGAGGAGGACCCACGGACUGGGCGGAGACCUCGGACCGACUUGCCGCCCUCGUCGGCAACGGCCGAACAACGUCGUCGGCGCUCUCUACACCUUCUACCUCAUUUCCAAGGCCAUCUGAGAGUGCGGAGCAGUCAAGAGAAGUAUGUUUCACCCCCUCAGAUGGCCGGGACCUCCCUAAGCCAAACCGCGAUUGCGUGGCGUGAAAGCGCGACCGUGAUUAUCUUUUCGCCGGAAUCUACGCCAUAG